AUGAGAGCCAGGCAAAAGGAAGCACCACCAGUACCGAACAACGCCAAUCCACCGCAAGUGCUCGCUCGGUCACCAAAAGCCGCCACAUCUGGCCCUACUUAUUCGCCAUAUGAGCGAAUCACACCAACCCCUCAACAACAACAACUACUACUACUACCAACAACGCAGCUCCCAGUUCAAUUACAGCAACAAGUAUCCACUCCACAACCUCAAACACCCAACCCUCCAACUCCUCCGUCUAAACCAAUUCGAAAUCAAAUGGUAAAUGAUUAUAAACCGAUUAGACUGAAUCCGAUCGCAUUACCGCAACAACCUUACAACGCAUUACUGCAACAACCACUUCCUCAAAACCAACCGCAGUCUUAUCCCUCCGUCCAAUCCCUCUCAACACCUUAUCAACAAACUCUUCCGGUUCAAUCGUCCAGUUCAAUUUUCAACAAACCCUUCCAGUUCAAUGUUCCAAUCGGCAUUCCAAGAUUACCAAGAUUACCGUUUCGAGCUCCACGUAUGGGUGAUUUAUUUAAUCGAAUCAUCCCGAAUCCUCGAUCCGUCACUGGCUAUUUUCAAGACAUCCGUUCAUAUCUACCACGCUUAAACAUUCCACUAAAAAUUCCAUCACCAUCAUCAUCACCAUCCUCAUCCCGAAGCCUCCUCCCGAAACUCCAAUUCGCGCGUGGCGAUCCUCAACAAAACGGUCCAUUUCUACCACGCAUAGUCAUUCCAUCAAGUACUGCAUGA